AACGCCCCUCGCUCAGUGCUUGUGUAACGUUUGAGGACAUCUGGACACAAGCAGGCGACCGACGCGACACCAAACAUCAGUGCAAUGCUGCUUCUCAGACGCUGCCACAGCCUGACUCGACUUGGCCCUCUCAACACUCAAAGGCUUCAAGUGUCGCCUGCUGUGGCCUCGUGUGCAGUUCGUCUCUGGAGCAGCAGCAGUGAGGACCAGAGAUCGUACCAGCGUGCCCACAGUCCCAGCUGGAGACAUGCCCUGGCAGGACUGCUGGCUGGUACCGGUGCUGUACUGGCUUAUGGCCUCCAUCACCACAAGGCUGAGCAGGAAGACGCCAUUAGAGCGCACACAAUAGAGAAGACCUCAGCUUUUCCCAUCUUCAGCCAGAAAGAGGUCACCAGUCACCGCUCUCUGGAAGAUGGCGUGUGGGUCACUUACAAAGGUGGCGUAUACGACAUCACUGAGUUUGUGGCCAUGCACCCUGGUGGGGAUAAAAUCUUGCUGGCAGCAGGUGGAGCCCUUGAACCCUUCUGGGCGCUGUAUGCUGUACACAACCAGGAACAUGUGCUGGAAAUGCUCUCAGAGUAUAAGGUUGGUGAGCUGAGUGCAGAAGACCUGAAGAAGCAGAAGGCUAUUAAGACAUCGGACCCCUACUCCACUGACCCCGACCGUCACCCCGUCCUGCACAUCAACAACCUCAAGCCCUUCAAUGCUGAGCCGCCUCCUGAAAUCCUCUCUGACAGCUUCAUCACCCCCUCUGCUUUAUUCUUCAAAAGAAACCACCUGCCAGUUCCUCAGGUGGACCCGGCUUCAUAUCAGCUGCAGGUAGAGGGACUUCCUGGAGGAGUGCUGACCCUGUCUUUAGAAGAGCUGAAGACUCGAUUCCCCAAACACACCGUCACCGCCACGCUGCAGUGUGCCGGUAACCGUCGCUCUGAGAUGAAUAAGAUCAAGCAGGUGAAAGGACUGAACUGGGGCAUUGCGGCGAUCAGUAACGCCACAUGGAGCGGUGCGAGGCUUAGGGAUGUGCUGCUGGCCGCUGGAUACGGGCCCGAUGUGGCCCAGCGGGCUUUCCACGUUCAGUUUGAAGGACUGGACAAAGACGUGACAGGGACUACCUACGGCGCUUCCAUCCCUCUAAACAAGGCAGUUGGUGAGGAAGGUGAUGUGUUGCUGGCUUAUGAGAUGAACGGCGCGGAUCUCCCCGCCGACCAUGGCUACCCCGUCAGAGUUGUGGUACCGGGCAUAGUCGGCGCACGCAAUGUGAAAUGGCUGGGGAAGAUCAUAGUGAGUGCAGACGAAAGCAGCAGCCACUGGCAGCAGAACGACUACAAGGGCUUCUCCCCCGGGACGGACUGGGACACGGUGGACUUCAAGUCUGCUCCGGCGAUCCAAGAGCUGCCUAUUCAGUCGGCCAUCACCACACCGGCAGACGGUGCUGUGGUUGAUCGCAGUUUGGAAGAGGUGACGGUGAAGGGUUACGCCUGGAGUGGCGGGGGAAGGGAAGUGGUACGUGUAGAUGUUUCUCUGGAUGGAGGAAAGACAUGGCAGGUCGCCCAACUGAGGAGCAGCGAGAAGGGACAAGCACCUGAACCCUCGCCACCACCGGGACGAGCCUGGGCCUGGAAGCUGUGGGAGGUAACGGCUCCUCUUCCUCCGGAGGCUCAGGAGCUGGAGAUAGUUUGCAAGGCGGUUGAUAACAGUUACAACAUGCAGCCGGACACAGUUGCUCCCAUCUGGAAUCUAAGAGGUGUGCUGAGCAACGCCUGGCACAGAGUGAACGUGAAGAUCAGAGAGGAUGAGAGCGAGGAAUAGACUGUGUGGUUGGAUCCACAUUAAAAAUCCAAAAGGUUUAUGCCCCAAAGAGUCAUCAGAGAGUGGACAUUGUUUUAAAUCUGUCACUAAAGCCGGGCUCAGGCUACAUUUUUGGCACGUUUUAACCAAGAUUAACCCUUUAUGAUCAUCGGAGGGGGAAAUGCAUUCUGGGACUUUGGUUACUACCGAUGUUCAGCCCAGAUUAUCUAGUAAUGUGAGGUGUUAACAGAUCCAGUCUUAAAACACCCGAACCGUUCACACCCUCAUCGGUGCCGCCCGAUAAUUUCUAACAUUAUUGUUAUUUAGAGUUAAAUCUGGAUGAUGAUGUCAGUACGUUUUGAGUGGAACCACAACAGCCAAUGAGAGAAACAAGCGGGAGAAGCUGACUGUGUUGCCAAGCAACGAUAAAUGUUCUAGCCCUCAAGGCUAACAUUACUCAGCAUACUACUGUUGCUAGAAAUUAGAGAGAUCACAUGAUGUGGUGCGUUUCUCCUCUAGCAUGAUAAUCUUAAAAAUAUCCCUCCUAUAUUUUCAAAUAUUGUAGUGCCUGCAUGUUUGUGAAGAUUCUCCUUAUGUGUGGGAUACCACUCAGUUUUAAAACUCCUGUGGUCUGAGCCCGGCUUAACUCAAUAGGAAAAGUGACUGAAAAAAAAUACUGCAGGACUUUUUGACACAUGGUUUUGAGUAUUUAUGCAAUCAUGUUGCUUGUGAGAUUUGAGAUGAGGGUAACCAUCCCUAUUAAACCUACCAAAUCUGCUUUUCUGACAUUUUUAUAAAUACUUUCCCAAUUUAAGUGAGAACAUUGGAGUUGGUAAAGUAAAUUUAAUCUCUCAUUUGAAUUUUCAAAUUUGUUUUAUUGUUUAAUUUGUGAAAAUAUGUCUGUCACGAGUUUAAAGGGUACCUAAUGUACCCUUUAAGCCCGUGGGUGUUCCAAAUAAGCCAACUUCAUGAUUUGAUGAUAAAUAUAUAUUUAUUUUAAAAAAUCUUAACAAUACAAACUUGUUCUACUCAAAUCUGUAAUCUAUUUUCACUUAUAUCCUAUGGCCUCUAAAUUGCAUUUCAAAUAGACUUGACCAGCCUUUUCUGUGUGUUGUCAACGCAGGAAAAGCUUAACUUACAAAAUGUCUUCUUUGGAAUUUGGCCAAUACAGUUUACGAACAAAAUCAAAACUAUAAUGGAAAUUACCUCAUUAUUCAUCUUCCAUUAUGUGUUGUCAUUUUGUCGGUAUCUCUAUCCUAUAAUGGGCUGUUGACAUUUGAAAUUGACUAAAUUUUCUGGUCCAGUCAACUGGUUGAAAGUGCCGAUUGUGUCUUUAAGAUUUCUGAAGGCAGACUGACGGAAAGAAAAACAGUAGUUUUGCAUAUAAACAGUUUGCAGACUCAUUACUAAUGUUCUAAGGACAGUAAAAAUAGAUUCACAAUUAAAUAUUUACUAACUUUAAUUGAUUUAAAUUGAUUUUCAAAUGUGUAUUACAAACACAUUUCAUGCACGGUCAUGAUUGUAGUUCUUAUAGUUUUCUCCUACUAAAUAAUUGAUAACUAUCCAGUUGACUUAAUGGGAACAUCAUUGAAUUUAUGGUUAAAAUAAGUUUUUUCUAUGCACAUGAAUCGAUUGAGUAGAAAUAAGCAGUAAUAAUCCUCUGAGAGUACCAAAAUGUUUUUUUGCAACUUUUUCUGGGAUCAGCAGGUACAUGUCACACAUGUACUUCAAUGACUUAAUAGUGACAAAUCCAAUUGACAUGAAUAAAAAUGUAUGUAACAAACAACUUUAUUGGAAGCAAAACAUUUUUUAGAUAUAUAUAUAUAUAUUUUAUUUUUUUUGACUAAGAAGUUGCAAGUGGGCUUAUAUGGUACAUGGAAGAAAGCUGAAGUCUGUCAGUGAAAACAUUUCCGUUAUAUCUAGUGAAGAUGAUUAACUUACACUCUGGUCUUAAGUGAACGCUUGAGUCAGUAAAUCCUCAAGUCUCUUUAUUUGUAGAAAAGAAAACAUUUAUUUUUGUAAUCUGUAUUUUGACAUUCUCAAUGCUUAAGGUGUGCACAGUAUAUUAAAAGGGUUGAAGUAAUUGUAUUAUUAACAUGAAUCGCAGUUUGAAAACCUAAUUUUAUGUUUAUUAUAUAGUCAUUACUUUAAUGAAGGCUACAAGAGUUGAAUGGAGUUUACACUUUACUGGAGAAAUAUAACCUGGAGUUUACUGAGACUGGAAUCAAAUUGUACGUUUUAAAACAUUGGAAGCAUUUAUUUAUCUGGUGCUUUGGCUUUGCUGAUGAAUAACUUUUGUAUGUGAGAAGAUAAUGAAAUAUCUUUUUAUGGGAAAAGUUUGAGUAUCUUGAAGGAAAAUGAUCAGGAGCAUAUGUCUGUGGUGUAGAUCAUCAAUUCUUGUGUUUAGUCUGCAAAUCAGAAGUGUACCGUGAUCUCUGUCAUUCACCAUUCAGUGUGUAGAGUUGCCCUCCACUGUUUCAACACCUCGCUGUGGGGAUGUAGCGACCGUUACCACGACGCAACACUCUGCAGAAGUCAGGCCGCUUUGUGCCCACAGUUUUGACUACACUGUUUGUGUAAAAUGUACAUUAUCGUUGACGAUGAUAAAUAAAGAGUUCUUAUUUUACA